CAGUGAGGGGCGGGGCUCUCCCGGCAUCCUCCUCGUGUGUCGUCAUCACAGCGAGACUGCAAUCUGUGACACCAGAGCAAGGUGACCGCUUCGCUGUGUCCCGGGAAAGAGAUAUAACCAUGGUUGUCCAGCGUUUGUUCCGUUUGUCCUCUGUCCUCCGGUCUGCAGUCUCUGUCCAUCUCCGUAGGAAUAUUGGGUUGACAGCGAUUGCAUUCAACAAAACCAAGGAGUUGGAUCCCGUCCAAAAGAUAUUUGUGGAAAAGAUAAGAGAAUACAACACAAAGAGCCAGAAAGCUGGUGGCCCUGUUGAUGCCGGUACCGAGUAUCAGAAAGAUCUUAAUGAAGACAUUAGCAAACUUCAAAGGUUAUACGGUGGAGGAGACCUGACUCAGUUCCCAAAAUUUAAAUUUGAAGAACCUAAAUUUGAAGACGCUCAAAAAUAAGUUUCUAUCUUGGCCAAGCGAGGAAAUGUCACCAGGUUCCUGUGUUUAUGUUGCGUUCCAUUCACUGGUAACUUAAUAAAGCAUUUUGAUCUACUUUACCAAUGCGGUCACUUCAUCUGUACAAUAAAGUUCCUUCAGAAAUGA